UACCGCCUUGACUGGCUUCCUUCCUCCCACAUCUCUGGUUCCCUUCUGCCUCUCCCACUCUAGGUUUUUGUUUUUUCUCUUUGUUCCUCUGCCCUUAUAUCAUCUCUCCACCCGCAUUGUCCACCCACAUCCUGGUCUGCCCCCUGACAUUUAGAGAUCGGUGCGUGGGUUAACUAAUACCCCUUCUUCCUGUCUGCCGGUGACUUCUCCUCUGGAGAAAUCCCGCUGCAGUGUGCCUUGAGAAUCCAGCCCGGGCUUUCCCUCUUCCGUACAGCUGUACAGUCCGCUGGUUGCUGGCACCUUAUUUAUUUAAUGUCUGAGUAAUACCCGUUGUCUGGAGCACACCUAGGGGUAAGCCAGCCCCACUUCUCUUCCAGGCAGGAGUUUCCGCUCCUCCUUGCUCGUACUAAACACGGGUUGUUUUGAAGAUAAAAUGGAGAGAACGGGAAGCCCGAGGAUGGUACCGUGAGCUCGUUGGAAGAAAGAUUUGAUGCCGUUUACUUAACUAAUGCGGUCCAGCAGAAUGGCCGAUACUAUUUUUGGCAACGGGAAUGACCAGUGGGUGUGUCCGAAUGACAGGCAGCUGGCCCUCCGAGCCAAGCUUCAGACUGGCUGGUCCGUGCAUACGUUCCAAACUGACAGACAGAGGAGGACGCAGGCCCUGGAUGCAAAGGAGAUGGAGGUCAUUUUGGAGGUCAUCCGUAGGGCGGAGAAGCUAGACCAUGUGGAGCAGCAAAGGAUAGGGCGUCUGGUGGAGCGGCUGGAGAAUAUGCGGAAGAAUGUGAUGGGCAAUGGUUCAUCUCAGUGCCUGCUUUGCGGGGAAGCCCUGGGCCUGCUCAGGAGCACGGCCGUCUUUUGCCAAGACUGCAGAAAGAAAGUUUGCACCAAAUGUGGCAUAGAAACCCCGGGGACCCAGAAACGACCCGUCUGGUUCUGUAAGAUCUGCAGUGAGCAGAGAGAGGUUUGGAAGCGAUCAGGUGCCUGGUUCUACAAAGGCCUCCCUAAAUAUAUUUUGCCCUUAAAGAACAGCAGCGGUAGCAGCAGUAUCAGGGCGCCUGAGCUGCACCUGAGGCCUCACCCUGUGGAGGUGCCCGCGUUGGAUGUCAAAGGUGUUGGUAGCAGCCGCACGUACACCUGGGCCAGAGGGAGAGUAGUUUCUAGCGAUAGUGAAAGCGACUCCGAAUUCAGCUCCUCGAGCUUGGAUGACCGCUCCCUGUCUUUGGGGUGGAAAGGAUUUGGGACCAGGAAACAUCGCACGGAGUCAAUCUCCAGUGGCGAACCUGCUCGUACCCCAACCAGGAGUAAAAACUGGCCCUUGGGGAGCAUCGUUUCGGAAAGCCAGAGCAGCCCAGGGAGCGAGUGGGGCAGAGGAGGACCCCCCAGCGCCACCGAAAGCUGCCCCAGCGACCUCCCAGCUGAAGAUGAGGAUAGCGAUGUCCACCGCAGCCUUACUGGGAAGAGACGUCUCAUGACCAGCCCCAAGUGCUGACGGGAAACCCACCUUCUAGUGUUGAUGUAUUUAUCUACUGUGCAGAACUUUGGGGACGGCCGCUGCCUAGGGCUUUGGAGGAGCUUGGACUGUGCCGUAGCCUUAAAAGGCCCACCUUGGCAGUGGAGAGAUGGGGACUCACCCUCGUUGCCUCUCGGUUUGCUCCCCCCAACCAAACCUCCUGCAUUUGCUGUGCUUGUCACCAGAUCAAAGAAACAGCAUGGGGGAGGAGAUGGGCGCCAGAUGGCUGCCAGGAGCAAAGAAACAGGGAGACCACCACGCUGCCCAGAUUCAUCUACAUCAGACUUUGGAGCUCGAUCUUCACAUUUUUGGAGGCCGGCAUGCACUGAGAUUCUGAUGGUCCCCAGGACUCCAAAGGGAUUUCUUGGCAAGUGGUGGCUGUGUCUCGUGGCGAAGGCCGAGGAGCCAGAAGAGAGAGCUCUAUUGUCUGCGGUGCGACAGCCCUCAGUUCUUUUUAUGCGCCCAACGACAUCCUGCCAACAGGAACAUUCCGUUCGGCCCCCUGUGGAGUGGGCUGUAGGUGUGUGGGGUCUCCUCAAGGGAAGGACGAUGGACGGCAAGCAGGGAAGGCAAAGAGGGCUGCUGGCUGAGGUGGGGAAGCGGGGGAUAGGAGAAGCGUAAGCAGGUCUGCUGAGUGGUGCCUGUUCAUGCCCAGCCUAAAAAAGGCAGAGCUUGGGGGAAAAGUGAUGGUCGGGACUGCAGCUCGGGGGGGUGGCGGCGUCCCCCUGUCCCCGCGGCCAGCGUGUGGUCAGUGGGUGUGUCACGCAAGGCCGUCUCUCUGGCUGUGCUGGCGGGGGUGGGCAUCGAGGGGCUUCUGGGAAAUAACUUUCCAACAUUCUGCCCAGACAUCACUGGAAGGUCCCAAAGGGGUCAGUUGCAAUGAUCAGUGAAAAAGAGAAAUAAAUGAGGAGCCCUCGUUUCUCGCUUCCA